AUGGUGAAGCUGACCAUAGUAGGAAGGGUGAGUGAUGGAUUGCCUCUAGCUCAAGGUCUGAGAUAUGUGAAUCAAGAAAAUGGGUAUCUUUCUUUUUACCAGAAACAAGCACAAAUCAUCCUACAAGAAAUUUCAAGAGGAGCUUUGACGGCCUCCAAGAUGACUAUUCGUAUUGAUCAUCACUGCUUCAACUACUUGAUCGAGAACGGAGUUGUUUUCAUUGUGUUAUGUGAUUCCUCGUACCCAAGAAAACUGGCUUUCCAUUAUCUUCAAGAUUUACAGAAGGAGUUUGAGAAGUUUGAUAAAACCCUCACAGACAAAAUCACAAGGCCAUACAGUUUUGUCAAAUUUGAUGGUAUAAUUGCAAAUAUUAGAAGACAAUAUAUCGAUACAAGGACACAGGCCAACCUUUCAAAGCUUAAUGCGAAUCGGAGACAAGACAUAGAUGUUGUUACUAAAGACAUGUCCAACAUUUUAGGAAGAAGUCCAGAAACGGUGGAAAGAUUGCCUGCUACUCCUCCGUCAGCAUCCUCUAUAUGGGGUUCUCCUCGCCUUGAGGUGAUCGCACUGAAAUGGACUCCUAUUAUGAUCAUCGUUGUUGCUUCCAUGGUUCUAUUAUGGGGUAGCUUAGUCCUCACAGACUACUUUAUAAUUUCAAGCUGGUGAUACACUGAGAUCAAGAUUAAUGAGAAGGAUCUAAUAUGAUUCAACUUUAGUUGUUGAAGCACUCAUGGAAAGGGAUAGAUUCCUCCUCGUGUGGGAAAACGAGAGGGUUGAAAGAGAGAGAAAAUUUAAACGACUCUGAUAUGUCAUAAGAGUUUGUACUGUAGUUUCCCUGGAAAGUGAUAUCUUCUAUUUUAUAUCAUAUGAAUUAUUUGGAGCAUA